AUGGGGGCUGCAGGGUUGGCUUGUGUGAGAAGAUGUCAGAAGCUGCCCCCAUCUCUGACAGUGCUGGUUCCAGCUGGCUCCAAGACAGACUGUAGGAUGCAAGUUGUUCCACUGCAGGCCAUGGAGCAGAUGUUCACCCUGCAUCUCGUGGAGGACCCCAUGCCGGAACAGAGCAUUGUUGUGGAUGAGCAUUUUAGAUCACCUAAAGAAUUUGUAAAAGGACGACUUAACAUUGAGUUCGAUGUCAAGGUUCACUCUUACUUACUACAUGGAGGAACUGUACAAGGGAAAAUCGGGUUCGAAUUGAUUUGGAAUGAUUUGCACAGAGAUCAGAGAUGUGAAAAGUUCUUGAUACGUGAAGAAUCAGCAGAGGGGAAUGACUUGAUUUUUCCUUUAAUCAUGAGUGAACAAGAUUAUGAAGAAGGUGGGCCAAAUCCAAGGGAUGGUGUUGCCAGGGAAAGUAGUCCGUUUAUUAACAGUGCAGAGAUGGACAGAGGAAACAUGUAUGAAGGAAAGAAUAUGGCUCUCUUUGAGGAAGAAAUGGAUAGUAAUCCCAUGGUGUCAUCUCUUCUUAAUAAACUAGCAAACUACACUAAUCUAACUCAAGGUGUGGUGGAACAUGAAGCAGAUGAAGACAGCAAGCGAAAGGAAGUCAAGGUUCCACGUAUGGGCACUUUUAUUGGUGUGUACCUGCCCUGCUUGCAAAACAUCUUGGGAGUCAUCCUUUUCCUACGUUUAACAUGGAUUGUGGGUACAGCUGGAGUUCUUGAGUCUUUCAUCAUCGUGUUCAUGUGUUGUGCUUGUACUAUGCUAACUGCCAUUUCAAUGAGUGCAAUAGCAACAAAUGGUGUAGUUCCAGCUGGUGGUUCUUACUACAUGAUUUCAAGAUCUUUAGGGCCAGAGUUUGGUGGAGCAGUGGGACUUUGUUUCUACUUGGGUACGACCUUUGCAGGAGCAAUGUACAUUCUUGGUACCAUUGAAAUUUUAUUGACCUACAUUUCUCCAAGUGCUGCUAUAUUUAAAGCAGAAGAAGUUGGUGAAGAAACAGAGGCUAUGCUGAACAACAUGAGAGUUUAUGGAACGUGUAUUAUCAUUCUGAUGGCCAUAGUAGUUUUUGUGGGAGUAAAGUAUGUCAACAAACUUGCACUGGUCUUCCUUGCCUGUGUGAUUCUUUCCAUCAUUGCCAUAUAUGCUGGCGUUAUUAAGACUGCUUUUGACCCACCUGACUUUCCUAUCUGUCUCCUUGGAAACCGUACAUUGUCGAAACGCAGCUUUGAUGUCUGUGCCAAAUUUACUGAAAGUAAUAAUGAAACAAAGACUACAACUUUGUGGCGCCUAUUCUGUGAUAGUCCUUUGCUCAAUGCUACGUGUGAUGACUACUUUAGACUCAAUAAUGUAACAGAAAUUCAAGGGAUUCCAGGAAUAAUGAGUGGAGUUCUAACUGAUAAUCUGUGGAGUACCUAUUCAGAAAAAGGAUCAAUAGUUGAAAAAAAAGAUCAGCCAUCAGUUGCUGGAUCAGAAGAGACAAAAAUGGGUGGACUCCCUUAUGUUUUUACAGACAUCAUGACCUACUUCACAAUGCUUGUGGGGAUUUAUUUCCCGUCUGUGACAGGUAUUAUGGCAGGUUCAAACAGAUCUGGAGAUCUUAAGGAUGCUCAGAAAUCUAUUCCUACUGGAACAAUUUUGGCUAUUUCAACUACGUCUUUUAUUUAUCUCUCCUGUAUAGUGUUGUUCGGUGCCUGUAUAGAAGGUGUGAUAUUAAGAGAUAAGUUUGGAGAAGCAGUUAAUGGAAAUCUAGUCGUUGGUACACUGGCCUGGCCUUCGCCAUGGGUUAUUGUGAUAGGUUCGUUCUUUUCAACAUGUGGUGCUGGUCUUCAGAGUCUCACUGGUGCACCCCGUCUGUUGCAGGCAAUUGCAAGAGAUGGCAUUGUACCAUUCAUUCAAGUAUUUGGUCAUGGAAAAGCAAAUGGAGAACCAACUUGGGCUCUGCUCCUCACUGCUGGCAUUUGUGAAAUAGGAAUUUUGAUAGCCUCAUUGGACAGUGUAGCACCAAUUCUUUCAAUGUUUUUCCUUAUGUGCUAUUUGUUUGUAAAUCUGGCUUGUGCAGUUCAGACGCUUUUACGGACUCCCAACUGGAGACCUCGUUUCAAGUAUUACCAUUGGACUCUCUCAUUCCUGGGGAUGAGUUUAUGUCUUGCCUUGAUGUUCAUUUGCUCUUGGUACUAUGCUUUGAUUGCCAUGCUAAUCGCAGGAUGUAUAUACAAAUACAUAGAAUAUAGAGGAGCGGAAAAAGAAUGGGGUGAUGGAAUCCGAGGACUGUCUCUGAAUGCAGCUCGCUAUGCUUUGCUUCGUGUUGAAGAUGGUCCUCCUCACACCAAGAACUGGAGACCUCAACUUUUGGUCUUGUUAAACCUGGAUAGUGAGCAGUUGGUGAAACAUCCCAGGUUGCUUUCUUUCACCUCCCAGUUGAAGGCUGGUAAAGGACUAACUAUCGUAGGCUCUGUGCUUCAGGGAAUCUACUUGGAUAAAUGU